AAUUUGCCAUUCUAUUCAUAUGAAUUCUGGCUGGUGGCUGCCGAAGCAUACACCCAAAACCACCGCUAAAGCUCAAAGAGAACCCCGAUAACAGCGGGAAAUGGCUACGCUCCUCAAGUUUUGCAGACCUUUCUGCCCCAUCCGCUUCACUAACUCGAUGCGGCCGAUUCGACUCACCACUCACCUCUCCCAUAAUACCCUCUUCUUCAAUCCGAAGCCCAGGAGGAGCAGCCUUAUCCGUUCUUUGAGCUCGUCUCAGCCGUCGGAGCUGUGCUUGUACAACACAAUGACCAAAAAUAAGCAAGUGUUCGAGCCCAAAUUGGAGGGCCGGGUCGGCAUGUAUGUCUGUGGAGUCACCGCCUAUGAUCUCAGCCAUAUCGGCCACGCUCGCGUCUAUGUCACUUUUGAUAUUCUCUACAGAUAUCUUAGGCAUUUGGGAUAUGAAGUCCUUUAUGUUCGGAAUUUCACUGACGUGGACGACAAGAUAAUUGCUCGGGCAAAUGAAUUGGGGGAGGAUCCAAUCAGUUUGAGCAGACGCUACUGUGAAGAGUUUUGUCAAGAUAUGUUGCAUCUUCAUUGCCUGCCACCUUCUUUUGAACCACGAGUAUCAGAUCACAUGCUCCAAAUCAUUGAUAUGAUCAAGCAGAUUCUUGAUAAUGGAUAUGCCUAUAGAAUUGAUGGGGAUGUGUACUUCAACGUAUACAAGUUUCCAGAAUAUGGACGAUUAUCUGGGCGAAAACUAGAGGAUAAUCGAGCUGGUGAACGAGUUGCUGUGGACUCGAGAAAGAAAAAUCCAGCUGAUUUUGCUUUAUGGAAGGCUGCAAAGGAAGGAGAGCCAUCUUGGGAGAGCCCAUGGGGUCUUGGAAGACCUGGGUGGCAUAUUGAGUGUAGUGCCAUGAGUGCUGCUUAUCUGGGUUACUCUUUUGACAUUCAUGGUGGAGGAAUGGACCUUGUGUUUCCCCACCAUGAGAAUGAAAUUGCUCAGAGCUGUGCUGCAUGUAAAGAAAGCAAUAUAAGGUACUGGAUCCACAAUGGCUUUGUCACUGUUGACUCGGAGAAAAUGUCCAAAUCUCUUGGGAACUUCUUUACAAUACGGCAGGUUAUAGACCUUUACCAUCCACUGGCUUUGAGACUUUUCUUGAUGGGGACCCACUACCGAUCUCCAAUCAACUACUCUGACGUACAGCUUGAGAGUGCUUCAGAUCGUAUUUUCUACAUUUAUCAGACAUUGCAUGAUUGUGUAAAUGUUCUAAGCCAGAAUGAUGUAGCUGUUCAAGUGGAUCUUAUCCCGCCUGAUACUGCAAAUUGCAUCAAUAACUUCCAAAACAUUUUUGUGGAUUCAAUGUCAGAUGACCUUCACACUCCUGUUGUUCUGGCUGCAAUAUCUGAACCACUGAAGACUAUCAAUGAUCUUCUGCAUACACGCAAGGGGAAGAAGCAAGAGUUUCGAAUAGAAUCACUUGGAGCUUUGGAAAAGACAAUCAAGAAUGUUCUGACUGUUUUAGGACUAGUGCCCACAAGUUACUCAGAGGUUUUGCAGCAGCUUAGGGAAAAAGCUUUGAAGCGUGCUAAGUUAACAGAAGACCAAGUUUUGGAAAAAAUAGAAGAACGGACGGCAGCAAGAAGGAACAAGGAGUAUGAAAAAUCAGAUGUAAUUAGGAAAGAUUUAGCUGCCGUUGGGAUUGCUCUUAUGGACGGUGCUGAUGGGACUACUUGGAGGCCAGCGGUUCCACUUGCCCUCCAAGAGGAGAAAGUGACGGCAACUUGAAUGGCUUUUUAACUUGUCAUUGUGAUUUUGUACCUUAAGAUUUGGAGGAAUGCAUUAUUUCCCUGGCAUUUAAGGACGGUGUUUUGGAAUUUUGGGUUGUGGAAUGCAUUAGGAAGGUUAGCACGUGCUCUAUUAUGAGGAGAUGUCACACUCUGAUAAAGAAAACAAAACAAAACAAUUAGAACAAAACUGAGUGAGCUCCGUAGCGAAUUUUGACGCUCAUGUAAUGAUUGAUUCAUUUUGUUCUGUACUUGUCUAAUCUUGUUCCCAAUGAAAGCAAUCAACUGUAGCCCUAUUAGCAUUUGA